GUUCAUGAUGGCGAUAAAUGAAGGUGUGAUUGGUAGAUUUAAAAAAUUUACUAGCUUUAACCAAUACUUAGUUUUUGUGUUCCAUGUAUUGAUUCUAUAAUAAAAAAAAUUGUUUUCUAAUGAUUGUCAAUCAUACACAAAUUUCAAAUUGUCAUCCAGUAGCUUCGAGCACAGUGUUCCGUGUUUUCUUAUUACUGAUUUAUUUACAUUUUUUAAAUUGUAUGUGUUUGAGUAAUGCAUUCAAUUAACAUUCUUUAGCAGACAACAUAACAGAAGAUAAAUGUUAUUUAAUACCUUCAAAAUAGUGAUGAACAAACGUUGAAAAUGCCAGAUACUGUGGAAGAAGAUCUUUGUAAAGUUUUAAAAGGACUGCCAUUAGAGGGCGAAGAAGCAGAAUUAUGUGAUUUUACUUUAGAAGAACAGAAUGAGGCUUUGGAAUCCCAGGGUAUUCAGCCUAGUGUUGAUCCUAAAUAUAAACCUGUCAUUUUUGAAACAGUGAUGUAUAUAGUUGCGUGUGUUAUUUUAAAUGAAUACAAUGAAGUUUUGAUGAUUCAGGAAGCUAAGAAGUCUUGUGCUGGAAAAUGGUACUUACCAGCUGGUCAUAUGGAAAAAAGUGAAAACAUCAUAACGGCAUGUAAAAGAGAGGUUUUAGAGGAGACGGGAUUAGAAAUAGAAUGCACAACAUUAUUAGUUGUUGAAACUGCAAGAGGUAAUUGGAUGAGGUUUGUUUUAACAGGAAAUGUUAUAGGGGGCAGUCUAAAGACUCCUUCGGAAGCAGAUAAAGAAUCUUUGCAAGCUAAAUGGGUAAAAAAUUUGGAAGAAGUAGAGUUACGAGCCAAUGAUAUUAUUCACUUGAUUGAUAGGGCUAGAAUGUAUAAAGAAGCUCGAAGAGUCAAUGAAUCCGGAUGGUUCAUAGACCAAUUGCCAGCUCUUAGACCCUAUUCAAAGCAACUAUUGCGAUUGGUGAUUGUAAUUAAAAAGAAAGCUAAUAAUAAUGUACAUAUUUUAUUGAGCGAAAAAACGGCUUGGCAUUUACCGACUUGUGAAAUUCAUCCUACUAGAAGUAUACAUUCCACUCUCAGAAGAUUUAUGAUUGAACUUUGCGGAGCAGAAGUACCAGCACAUAGACCUUGUGGAUUAGUAUCGGUAGAGCAUGACGCCUCUACAAAUCAAGAUGGUUUGUGUUUGACACUACUUGUAGCUUUUCGAGCACCAUUAGAAGAAGUACCUAUCAUAGGCAAGUGCGUUUGGCAUGAAUUAUCGAAGAAGCUGAGCGAGAAACUUUUACAAAAAGUUUCCUCAAGAAAUGCAACUUUUUUUCUAAACGUUAUUAAAUAAACUGCAAUCACAUAUCUGAUAAUCUUGUAACGGGCCGUUUCAUCACAAUUUUUUUACAAGAAAUAUGUCAAAAUAUCUGUGUUCAAAUAUAAAUAAUAGAAAAAUAUUGGAUAGAUAAUAUUUAUUGUAAAAAAUUACAGAAAAUGAAAUUAAUAAGUUUCAAUUCGACAUUAUAAGAUUUAUAAAUACCUUAAGUUAGAAAUAUUUUUGUAGAUAUUUUUAGAACUAUCACAAUUACAAAAAAACAUUUUGCUAGUCUAUAUGUUUAUCGAUUUUUGUACUAAAAUAUAAGUACAACGUUCAGUAUACAUCAUGUUCAACAAAAAGAGCUGAUAAAGCUAUCGUACUGACUGGAGAUGGAGGGUCUUUGAUCACGUGCUAGACAUUGCAUAAAUCUGUAUUUAGGCCGCUUGACAUGAUGCAAGACAACGUGCAACAAAUUGCAUGCAAGAUCAAAAUAUUGCACAUAGCUUGACAUAAUUCAAGUCUCUUGCCUUUGUAUUAUGACUGCCAUUAAGAAAAAUUAUAUUUGUAUAUGUAUACAAAUUCCUAACCUCAAAUUUUGUUUAAUAUUUUGUGACCGGUUUGUAAAUGAGAAUAACAAAAUUAAGUACUUAUAGAAGUGAAAACGUGGUCAGUGAAUCACUGUCAAUAAUUAUAUCUGCUGCUGAUUUGUUUUUGGAGCCUGAUAAGACAGGUUGAUUGUUGAGCCAAAAUUAACUAAAUUUCUCCCUAAAAUAGCAACUUGCACGCAAUAAAAAUGGCAGUUUUUGUUCAGCAUUAAGAAAUCGCGGUACCCUCCUUGCAGAUAGCUUCUCCAUAUGGAACCCACCCAGCAAAAUGUCGCAUACCUGAUAGAUUGAAAUAUUUAUUUCAUUAGCUAUCUCACGUAUAUUUUUUCGACGAUCACUAAGUAAACUGCGCGAACCAUUCUUGCAAUAAAAACGGUAAAUAACGGUCCGGACGUUUCGAAUCAUCCAAGUUCAUAGGAUCACUUUUAAAAGACGAAAACUGCUUAUAAAACAAUUCACUGGGAUUUUCAAGAUAAUAUUUAUCUAACUGUUCCUCCGUUUCUUCAUUUAUUUUUCCACUUGAUUUAUGUUUGAUUCUUUUCCCUCCAUAUUUACUCAACUACGAAAACAUUUUCUUUAUAUGAGAAGUAAAACUAAUCUGAUUUAUAUAAAAUUUUGACAUGUGAAAUUAGACACAUGGCUGAAGCUAACAAUUCAAUCAUCGCAAUCAAAGUAUUGUUAACCUCUGAAAAGUCACUCGUCUCUCAAACCGCUUUUAUAUAAAUAAAAUUCACACUAACUAUUGAAUUAACUGGUUGUGGUCUAUACUCCACUUUUUUAUAGUUUAUUAAUAUUUUCUGUAUAUUCCAUAUUUUAUUUUUGUUAACAUAUUAUUUAUUCAAAAUAUAAACAUUUUUUACUUAUUUGCAUAUUUUUUUACAAAUUCAUACCUUCAAAUUUCAAUGCUUGAGACAGUGUGCUUUAGUGAGUCAUAAUUCAAUGCACGUUCCUUUUCAGUCUCACAAGUGAAACUUAACUGAGUUUUUACCAGCAAUAUGCACAAGCUUGAGACCAUGUGCUUUAGAGAGUCACUGACAUUAAUCAAUAGAUCACCAACAUCACGAACAAGCUAUAAAUGAUAAGACCUAAACAAUUUAAGUAUGAUUUAAGCUAAGUAUAAUAUUUUGUAAAUUCUAAUACUACAAAUAAUUGAAUCACGCAUUUAGAAGCAUAAACAUAGCAAGAGGUCUAACAAAUCAAAGAAAUUUACUUGUUUUCAAAUUAGUGAUUCCUAGUGAUUAAUAUCGUAGUUAAGAUUUAUGAAUUUAUUUUAUUUUACUUUUGUAUUGCCUAGUGCAUUUUGGGUUAGAUUACAAUGAACUUAUC